AUGGCUUCAAUUACAGUUGGACAUCUUUGUGAUCUCCAUGUAAUGAGUCGAAUCUUCCUUCUUGUUCUUUUAGAUGAAUUUUCUUUUGAUCUAAAAUCAUCCCUUGUCAUUAUUGCUUUUAUGAUGUGGCUACAAGACUGUAAUAAUGACAAAUAUGUAAUUUACAGAUUGAUACAUAUUUUGCGUAUAGAUGACGCAAAAAUGUUUAUAAGAGAAGUCGCUUACUUUAUAAAUUUCUUAGAAUCAUCGGCUGAUGAUCCUCAACAUCUUUCCACCAUAUAUGCCCCAAUUUUUGACAAUCCAUUACGAUUGGUCAUACCUAUACAAACCCUUUACCAAAACAAAUACACUGCUAUAAGCGGUAUAAAAAGAUAUCUUAGAACAACUUGUACCAGAGUUUUUUCUGACAUACUAGCUUCAAAACUACAAUCUGCUUGUUCAAUUCAAUUUAUCCCAUACCAAAUGAUUCGAAUUCCUGGAUCUCCAUAUCCAAUUUUUGGUUUCAUCUACUUUAAAUUUUGGCCUAAAAAUCAUGUCUUUUCCACAAAUUAUGACAUUUUUUCGUGGAUACAUGCAUUGGGCUACAUCGAGGAUGAAGAGGACCGAACCCUAUAUCUGACAUUUUCAAAAGGUGAAAUUGUAUCAGAAGAUGAGGUGAGAUCAUUGUUCACCUUAGAAUUUGGAGAUUGUGUCCAGCGUGUUCAUAUGCCAGAAAUUAGGCAUAGGCAACAAACUCUAUUUGCGCGUGUUUCCAUGAAGUACGUCGAGACUAUAGAUAUAAUACUUAAAGGUAAAAGUCUUAUCAAGUUUAAGAUUAGAGGAGGGAAGCAUGUUUGGGCUAAGAAAUAUAGAUAUCGAAACUUCAAAAAGUAA